CCGCCAGUGUAGGAGGAGAAAAUGGGCCGGAAAAAAAUACAGAUCAGCCGGAUACUGGAUCAGCGGAACCGGCAGGUGACCUUCACCAAGCGGAAGUUCGGGCUGAUGAAGAAGGCGUACGAGCUGAGCGUCCUGUGCGACUGCGAGAUCGCCCUCAUCAUCUUCAACAGCACCAACCGCCUCUUCCAGUACGCCAGCACCGACAUGGACAAGGUGCUGCUCAAGUACACGGAGUACAGCGAGCCCCACGAGAGCCGCACCAACUCCGACAUCCUCGAGACGCUCAAACGCAAGGGGCUGGGGCUGGAGAGCCAGGAGCUGGAGCUGGAUGAGGGGCCGGAUCCCGGGGAGAAGGCGCGAAGGCUGAGCGAGGGCACGGACCUGGCGGGGGCACGGCCCAGGUUUUAUAGCCCGGUGCCCGAGGCAGCCUACAGCAGCUCCCCGCCGGCCGCCGAUGGAUCCCAGGGCCAGGGUCGCCCACCUGCCUUCAAACCCGCAGCACCGAAGCCACCGGGACGUUCACCGGGGCCGUUGCCCCCAGGUAUUGGGUACCCCCUGUUCCCUGCUGGCAGCCUAACGAGAGCCCUGGCCACCAAGACCCCCCCGCCGCUGUACCUGGGGGCUGAGGGCCGGCGUGGGGAAGCCCACGGCAACCUGGCAAGCGGCCGGAGCGGUGGCAGCGCGGGGCGACCGCUGUACCCCUCUCUGCAGACCCUAAGCCCCGUGCUCACCCCAGGCAGCACCAGUGUCACCAGCCACAGCCUCACUGGCUUCCCCUUCCUCAGCCCAACCCAAGCAGAGUUUGGGGCUGGCGAGGCCCCAGCAGCCCCCACCUUCCUGCAGCCUGGUCCCACGGCGUGGCAGCACCCAAGGGACAUGGCAGUGCUGGGGGUCAGCAGCCGGAUUGUCCCCACUGAGGAGCCAGCCCCGGCCUCCGGCGCGUCCCCGCAGCACCAAGCCAUCAACAUCAAGUCGGAGCGGGUCUCCCCAGGGCUGGGGAGCUCCCCCCAGCCCCCCUUGACCAGCUUGGCCUCCGUGAGCGAAGCCUCCCGAGGCCUCGGAGACCUCCAGCAACGGGACGACUAUCCCAAGGGGUACCCCUACUCCCCGGGUCCCCCCCGGCCGCUGGCGGAGGAGCAGCGGGUCCCCGUCCCCCCACGGCGGGCGCAGGCCAUGGCCACUUGGCAGAGAUAG